CAUUAAUAGCCACCGAUCACACUAAUUGCACGCGUUUAUCUUUAUUGACACUGCUAAAUAACAUUUCUCCAUGAAAUGGUUAAUUGAUUUCCUCAAUAUCCACAAUUCCGGUAAUUUCGUAAUUUCGGUCUGCCCAGAUGGCCAUUUUCCUUACGUGUUUGUGACAUCCUUUUUCUCAAAAAAAAUAUAAAAAAAAAAACUCUGGAAAAUCUAUACGUACACCUUUACAGUGAUACGCACCAUUCUGCCCUGUGGCCGCAUAAUAUUCCGAGAAGCAAACUGUCAUCGAGAAGUUUAUUGAAUUCUUACGAGGACGGAAAGGAAGAGAGAGAGAGAUGGAGUCGCCGAGGUCACUAGGCGAGGCGUCGACGGCGAAAUUCGUGGCGGCGGAGAGGCCGGCGGCGGCGGCGGACGAUGUGGCGUCGAAGAGAGGCUGCGGGCUGAAGGGCCUGACGUGGGUCGGCGUCGACAGGGAGGAGCUGCGGCGGAGGCUGGCCAUGCCGGAGUAUCUCCGCCUCGCCAUGCGAGAGUGCAUCCGCCGGAGAGACGCAACCGCGAUCCCCGAUCACUUGCUUCUCCCCGGCGGCGCCACCGCCGACAUGGCGCCGGAGGCUCCGAUGGUCGUCUUCAUAAACCCUAAAAGCGGCGGCCGACACGGCCCUGUUCUCAAGGAGAGGCUUCAGCAGUUGAUGACCGAUGAACAGGUCUUUGACCUCACAGAAGUGAAGCCUCACGAGUUUGUACGUUAUGGUCUGGCUUGCUUAGAGACAGUGGCUGCCAAUGGAGAUGAAUGUGCUAAAGAAUGCAGGGAAAGGAUGAGAGUUAUGGUAGCAGGAGGUGAUGGGACUGUGGGUUGGGUUCUUGGAUGUCUUGGUGAGCUUCACAAAGAAGGAAAGAAUCGUGUUCCUCCUGUCGGUAUUAUUCCUCUCGGUACAGGAAAUGACCUCUCGAGGAGUUUUGGUUGGGGCGGUUCCUUCCCUUUUGCCUGGAGAUCUGCUGUCAAAAGAACACUCCAUCGGGCAACCAUGGCUCCAGUUGCCCGCCUAGACAGCUGGAAGAUUGUAGUGUCAAUGCCAUCUGGAGAAGUGGUUGAUCCUCCGCAUUCUCUGAGACCUACUGAAGAAAGUGCUGUUGAUCAGGGUUUGGACAAUGGAGGGGAUGUGCCUCCUAAGGCAAAGUCCUAUGAAGGGGUGUUCUACAACUACUUCAGCAUAGGAAUGGAUGCUCAAGUUGCAUAUGGCUUCCAUCAUCUUCGCAAUGACAAACCGUAUCUUGCUCAGGGUCCCGUUUCAAACAAGAUUAUAUAUUCGAGUUACAGUUGCACUCAAGGUUGGUUUUGCACGCCUUGUGUAAGCGAUCCGGGUUUAAGGGGACUUAGAAAUAUAUUGAAGAUCCACAUUAAAAAGGUGAAUUGCUCUGAAUGGGAAGAGGUUCCUGUUCCAAAAGGUGUAAGAUCAAUGGUUGCAUUGAAUCUGUAUAACUAUGGAAGCGGAAGACAUCCAUGGGGUAAUCUUAAACCCGAUUAUCUGGAGAAGAGAGGGUUUGUGGAGGCACAUUGUGAUGACGGUCUGAUAGAAAUUUUCGGUCUAAAGCAAGGGUGGCAUGCAUCAUUCGUCAUGGCCGAGCUCAUCUCAGCCAAGCACAUUGCUCAGGCUGCAGCCAUUAGAUUCGAACUUAGAGGAGGCGAUUGGAAAGAUGGUUACUUGCAGAUGGAUGGUGAGCCAUGGAAGCAACCUAUGAACACAGAUUUCUCGACGUUCGUCGAAAUCAAAAGGGUUCCUUUCCAGUCGCUAAUGAUCAGAGGUGAAUGACAGACGGCAAGCCGAUAUAAGAUCAAGAGAAAGAAGAUUGUUGUUUGGAAUUCAAACUGAUGAAUUAGUCAUUUAGCAUUUAUCUCAAUAGGGGUUUCCUGUAGUGAAAUUUUCUGGUACUUUUUGCUCAUUGGCAAAUACAAAUUUCCUCUUGUUGUGUAUUAACUACGCUGUUUUUGUACAUUCUUGUGUUGUGAGAUAUGAACUUUAUGUAUAUAUAUAUAUGUGAUGAGAAAUAAACUUUA